AUGGCACACCUUGGCGACCGUCGUUAUUCCGGUCGAGUGCGCGUUGAGGAUUUGUUGCUGCAUGACAUGGCGCAUCGUCCGGAUCCCGAAGGAGAGGUCAUUCCGGAUCCCUCUGAUGACGAAGAAGAGGAAGAAGAAGAUAACACUUCGACCGAUUAUGGAGAGUAUUUUCAGGAAGAAGAAGAAGAAGAAGAAAACGACUAUGACGAAGAAGAUGAAGACGUGGACAAUGCGUUGGAGGAUUUUUGGGCGCACAGCUUUGGUGGUUUUGCCAGGAUUCCCUAUGAUUCGGAAGACGACGAUGAUGAUUCCGACGACUCGAGGUUCACUGGCCACCAAUGGCGCCACCGCCAUACCGACAAUUCUCACGAAGACGAAGUUCCAUUGGAAGAAUUAAAAGUCUCCGUCCUCCCGGAUCGCGAACAAGAAUGGCGAUCCGACUUUGACCGAGACGUGGAAGAUCACUUGUGUGCCAUUUGCAUUUCGGUGGUUCAAGAUCCCGUCGGUUGUGGCGUUUGUCAAGGUCGCUUUUGUCGUGCAUGUUUGCAUCGUCAUUAUCACAAUCGCAGUAAUAGUUCUAUUGGUGUAUCCAAGUGUCCCACGUGCCGCAAUCUCAUGGUCCGUGGCGUCGUGACCGAUUCUCACUAUGCCGCCUUUUUGGCGUCAGAGCCGUUCACGUGUCGCUACCAACAUUGUGGACUCCGGAUUCUCGCGGAACAAUUGCGCCGCCACGAAAAAUUAUUCUGUUUGGGUGUUCGUGUGGCGUGCAAAUAUGCGCCUUUGGGAUGCGAGUGGAAGGGAUACAAGGGGAGCGUGCGAUAUCAUGAGGCGCAUGAAUGUGGCAUUGCUACCAAUCCUGGAUUGCUCGCCUUUAUUUCCAAAAAUCGACAAGCCAAUUCACGCCUCCAGAAACGGAUUCGAGAUUUGGAACACAAACAAGAUCACGAAAUACGCAUGGUACGACACCAAAUUCAAUCCGCAUUGCGACGACAAGAAUUUCAACGCCAUCAUCAUCAUCAACAGCAACAACAACAACAAAAUGUACGGCAAGCGUCACAACGUCACAUUCAUCAUCAUAGCCAUACGGAUGAAAGCGACACCCCGGGCCAAUACAAAAUCAACAAUCCUUUUCAUUUGAUGCUGCUGGUAUGCCAUUCCUUUGUCACUCCACGAGCCGUUACAUCGCGAUCUCCUUGGAGAGGCAUUGUGACCAGUUAUUGCAAACGAGCGUUUAUACACAACUCUGUGGCGUUGUCACCCAUGAUGAUUAUCGUCGCCAAACUGUCCGUGCAUUUGUGGAAGCAAAAGGAACAUUUCGUGACUCAUGGCUACACUGUGGCGGAUACGGUGCACCAACUCUGGGCUAAACGUGGCAAAAACAAUAAUGGAACGACGGAGGACAUGGAGAAUAUUGUCCAGGGACCAUUUUCCACGGCCGAUUGGUUGCGUCUCGUGGCAGUUCCAUUGGCCGGAAUGGUAGCAUGGGCCAGUUUGCAUUCCGACCCACAUUCGCCCAUUUCCUGGUCUGGAGAUUUGCCGCCUCGUGGCCACGAUUUCGAUAACGAGGAGGACGAUGACGAUGAUGAAGAUCGACCGCGCCCCUUUCACAAGCGAUGGCAACGGGCGAAUUACACCGUGGCGAUUUUAAUUCUCUACGCGUGUGCCUUGUCACUGCUACAACACGAUGCGAUUGCCAAUGGCAAGCAUUUUGGCAUUCUUGUGGCGUGCAUUCUGUAUACCAGCUUGGUGGUACCCACCAUGCUGAUUAGUUUCCUCGAAGCCGCGGCGCGCAAUGGACGAUACCUUCGGCAACCCGAUCGAGGUCUCGCGCAUCAAGUGCGCCUGAAUUUGACUCAUGGCAACGCCAAUGCACCCUUGGUGGUCGUCAUGACAUGCACCUUUGGGAUACUGCUCUGCGAUUCCUGGGUCGUCUUUCUCGAUGUUUGGUAUCUGUCGGCAUUUGUCCGCUAUCGCGUCUUGCCCGUGUUGGUACGGAACCCUCGCGAAAACCUCAAGUUUAUUCUACAAGCGUGUUUCCAAGAUGAUGGCCGCACGGGCAUGUACAUGGUGUACACGCGCUAUUUGACGGCGUUCUUUGCCAUGGCAAUGUGGUUUCUUGAGAGGGUUGUCAAGAAGACGAAAAGCUACGUCUUCCAGUCAAGCACCAAGAUGGCCGCCACAAUCGACAGUGGCCACCCUGAAAUGCUGGAAUUGGAGGAAGCGACGGCGUGCCCGGCCAAUGAGACGACGACGACGACGACAAGCUCCACAGCCAUGACAGUUGCCAUAACGACAGCUUCCUCCUUUGCCGAUCCACUGUGGCAGGCAGCCAAGGCUCGUCUGGUCGUCUUGGGAGCAGUGCUCGGCACGACGGUCCUUCUGAGCCAGGUAUUCCAGUUGGCGGGUCGCUUUGGAAUUCAUGCAUUCCACACGGGCCGAACCGUUGCGGAUUUCCAAUGGGAACAACAACAAUUCCUGGCCAGAGUUUACGUGCCAGGAGCGUUUCUGUUCCUCUUGUACGUGCUGGCCUUGCAGCAAAUUUGUGAGAUCUAG